AUGGCAAGGAAGGAAUUCUGCUCUGGAGAAGUCCUGGAUGGACGCCUGACGUUUUAUCCAGGGAAUCAGACUGUGGGUUUGCCUUUCAUAAAUUUUAUGAAGAGACAUGGCACUGUCUUUCUCAAUGCCUAUACCAAUUCUCCCAUUUGUUGUCCUUCUCGUGCAGCCAUGUGGAGUGGUCGUUUCACACAUUUAACAGAAUCAUGGAAUAACUUCAAAGGUCUAGAUCCAGGUUAUGUCACAUGGAUGGAUCUCAUGGAGAAGCAUGGCUACCACACUCAGAAGUAUGGGAAAUUGGACUAUACUACUGGACACCAUUCGUUAAGUAACCGUGUGGAAGCCUGGACCAGAGAUGUUGACUUCCUGCUCCGGCAAGAAGGGAGGCCCAUGGUAAAUCUUACUGGUGACAGGAAGCAUGUGAGAGUGAUGGAAGCAGAUUGGCAGAAUACAGAUAAAGCAGUAAAUUGGAUAAAGGAAGAAGCCAGUAACCUUACUCAGCCCUUUGUUCUUUAUUUGGGACUAAACUUACCACACCCAUACCCCUCACCCUAUGCAGGAGAAAAUUUUGGAGCCUCUACAUUUUUAACAUCUCCCUAUUGGCUUGAAAAGGUAACUUAUGAAGCUAUUAAAAUACCCAAGUGGUCUUCUCUUUCAGAGAUGCAUCCAGUAGACUAUUACUCAUCUUACACCAAGAAUUGCACAGGAGAGUUUACAGAGCAAGAAGUGAGAAAUAUUAGAGCAUUUUAUUAUGCUAUGUGUGCAGAGACAGAUGCCAUGCUGGGUGAGAUUAUUUCAGCUCUGAGAGAUACUGGGCUUCUUAAAAAAACAAUUGUGAUAUUCACUGCAGAUCAUGGAGAACUUGCUAUGGAGCACAGGCAGUUCUAUAAAAUGAGCAUGUAUGAAGGAAGCUCCCAUGUUCCUCUGCUAGUUAUGGGGCCAGGUGUAAAAGAGCAACAGCAGGUACCAAAUCUGGUAUCCCUGGUGGAUAUAUAUCCUACUAUGCUUGAUAUAGCAAGAAUUCCCAUCCCCCAGAACCUCAGUGGGUACUCUCUCAUGCCACUGCUGAGUGGAGAGACUGGACAUGAGGUGCCAGCCAGGGAGGCUCGGCCCUCCUGGGUGCUGAGUGAGUUCCACGGGUGCAAUGUGAAUUCUUCCACAUACAUGCUUCGGACCGGCAAAUGGAAAUACAUCGCCUACUCCGAUGGCAAUUCAGUCCUUCCACAGCUCUUUGACCUUAGUGCUGAUCCAGAUGAGCUAACAAGCAUUGCUGUAAAAUUCCCAGUAGUUGUACAUUCCUUGGACAAAAUGCUGCGCUCUGUAGUGAACUACCCAAAGAUCUCUGCUGCUGUUCAGGAGUAUAACAAAAGGCAGUUUAUCAGCUGGAAACAAAGCUUGGGUCAGAAUUACUCAGAUGUUAUUGCCAACCUUAGGUGGCAUCAGGACUGGUUAAAGGAACCUAAAAAGUAUGAGGAUGCAAUUGACAAGUGGCUUGGUCAAAGACAUUGA